UCCUCCUGCUGCCCGUCUCUGCCUGCUAGGCUUCCAGGUCAGGCUGUGCGUGCGCCUGGAGCAUGGCUGGAGGUCUGGUGCUCGGUCAGGCCUGGGUUCUUAUCAGCUGGGUAUUUACUGAGCAAAGUUCAGCCAGAGCCGCACUGUGGUUCCGGGUUUAAUAGGUACCCAGGCUUUCAGGCUUUUGAUCAGAGCCCAGGUCCCUGGGGCCCUUAUCACUGGAUGAUAAUGGACUCCCUGUGUGAGUCCCCAGGGCCAGUGGUACUCACUCUUCUUGGCUGACCCAAGCCUGCCCUUUAAAGGCCGGGGGCCCUAGACUGUGGGCUGUCUGGGUGGGUAGACGGUCACUGCCCAGCCAUGACCACUGCUGGCUUGCUCUCCCUGGCCAGGAGGUGCCCUGUUCCAGCCCAGUGCUUUGGCCUCCCAGCUUUGAUGACAAAAGGCACAGCGAACCUUCUCACAGCCGCAAGGCUGGACACCCUCUGGUCCCAAGUAUGUGGCUCAGCAUCGGCGACAGCUCCAGAACAAGCCCCAGCCCCGCCCCGGCCGUACCAGGGCGUCCGCGUGAAGGAGCCGGUGAAGGAACUGCUCCGGAGGAAACGUGGCCACGCGAGCAGUGGGGCGGCUGUCACACCUACGGCGGUGGUGCUGCCCCAUCAGCCCCUGGCGACCUACACCACAGUGGGUCCUUCCUGCCUUGACAUGGAGGUCUCUGCUUCCACGGUGACCGAGGAGGGGGCCCUGUGUGCCGGCUGGCUCUCCCAGCCUGCCCCGGCGACCCUCCAACCCCUGGCCCCGUGGACACCCUACACGGAAUACGUGUCACAUGAAGCUGUCAGCUGCCCCUACUCAGCGGACAUGUACGUGCAGCCCAUGUGCCCGAGCUACACGGUGGUGGGGCCCUCCUCCGUGCUGACCUACGCGUCCCAGCCACUCAUCACUAAUGUCACGACGAGAAGCGCAGCUGCGCCCACAGUGGGGCCCCAGCUGGACGGCCCGGAGCACCAGGCACCUCUUACCUAUUUCCCGUGGCCUCAGCCCCUGUCCACAUUGCCCACCUCCACCCUGCAGUACCAGCCUCCGGCCCCAGCCCUGCCUGGGCCCCAGUUCGUACAGCUGCCCAUCUCCAUCCCCGAGCCAGUCCUUCAGGACAUGGAGGACCCCAGGAGAGCCAUGAAUUCCCUGACCAUCGACAAGCUGCUUUUGGAGGAAGAGGAUGGAGACGCCUACGCACUCAACCACACGCUCUCCGUGGAAGGCUUUUAGGGUAUACUCCUGCCUGGAAUCCUGUUUCCUGAUGCUGGGAUUUAA